CUUACGCGCUUUAACAUGUCUCUUGUGCUCUUCCGCCGCGCUCGCGAUUUUCCGCCGAAAAUGUAAAAUUUUCCCAAAACUCGCAAAAUCCCAAAUUGGAAAAUAGGAUUUUCUCACUGCAAUUGACGUUGAGUGGACGAUGUGAGAGUGGAAAAGUGAUUUUUCUCAACCAUGGCCGGAAGGAUUUUUAAUCUAUGUUUGUUUUGUGCCGCCACGAGUUCAGUGAUGUGUGCCGUGCAAUCUGGGGGCGGCUCCGGCAACACCGUCUCGGACUCGUCGUCCUCCCGCGGCCCCCAUUUCGACACGGCCGCCUCCAAGAACGUCACCGCUCUCCUCGGCAAAACCGCCUACUUGAACUGCAGAGUGAAGAAUUUAGCCAACAGAACGAUGUCUCUGCAGGUGUCGUGGGUGCGGCACCGCGACGUCCAUCUCCUGACGGUCGGGAGGUACACCUACACCAGCGACCAGAGAUUCAGAGCCAUUCAUCAGCCCCAUUCCGAAGACUGGACACUUCAAAUCAAGUAUCCACAACACCGGGACUCCGGUGUCUAUGAGUGUCAGGUGUCUUCCACGCCGCAUCUCAGCCACUUUAUACACCUCACGGUCAUAGAACCAGACACGGAGAUCGUGGGCGGUCCUGAGCUGUUCAUUGAUCGAGGCAGCACCAUCAACCUUACCUGCGUGGUCCGGCACAGCCCGGAGCCUCCGGCGUACAUCUUCUGGAACCACAACGAUGCCAUAAUAAGUUACUCUUCGACGAGGGGCGGCGUCAGCGUGGCCACCGAGCGCGGCGAGACCAGCCGCAGCGUGUUGCUGAUCCAGAAGGCGCGCCCCUCCGACUCUGGCAAUUACCAGUGCAACCCCUCCAACGCCCGGACCGCCAACGUGACGGUGCACGUCCUCAACGGAGAGCACCCCGAGGCCAUGCAACACGGCGGCAAUCAGCGGAUGGGCCCCUCGUUAGGGGCGCUGGCUUUCAUCUCCUACGUUCUGUUGGUCUAUUGUUAAGUUUCGAAGAGUUUUAAAUUCCGUUUAGUCGUUGCUCUGAUGGUGUAUAAUGUCGACGUGUCUGUUAAAUGCUCUCUAUCACCGUGUAUAUUCCAUCGACGGCUACGACGCUCCUACGUCACGACGUCUUCAUCCAUGUAGACUAUUAUUGUAUAUACAGUUAUGGCAACUCGUAGAUCUAAGUCAAAAGUUGUUGGUUUAUUUUCUUAAGUUGACAAACUACACGUUUAUGUAUUAUAUACUUUUGACCGACACUACUAAUUUUAAUAAACAAUUCAAUUUU